CGAUUGGCAACCCAACCGGUCGUUCCAUUUCGGAACGCAGAGACAGCGGGCGGGCGCUCCCAUUGGCCGCCGCGGCCCGACAGAAUCUCACCGCCGCCAACGUUCGCUGCGGGGCGGCUGCAGGAGAACCGGCCGCUGCCUUAACCGCGGGGCCGGCCGAGGCGUGUUCCAGCCCCCGGGGCCGGGAUCCGCCUCAACAUGCCCUGACCUAGCGGGGCUCGCUGCGCAAGGUUGAACAUGGCUGACCUGGUUCAUAAAAGGGGGAAGAGGCGGGACGACAACGGGCUGGGCGGUGCUGUUGACUUCCUGUUGGCCAAUGCCAGGCUGGUGCUUGGAGUGGGAGGUGCUGCUGUGCUGGCCAUCGCAACUCUGGUGGUGAAACGGCUGAUAGACCGAGCCACCAGCUCGCCUGACGAGGACGACACUAAGGCAGAGCAGAAGUCCAUCAAGGAGAGCUGGCAAGAUCUGAGCUUGAUCAAGGCAGUGCCGAAGCCUCCAAAGAAGCAAAGCCGGGCAGAUCUCAGCGAGUCUCUGCUGUCCCCAUCUGCGACCCUUCCUGCCCAAGCCGCCGAGCCGUGUGGCCAUCCCACCUCCUCAGAGACUCCCCAAGUAGAAUCCAGGACUCUGCUUUGUCUCACGUUCCAGGAGAAACUCCUCUCUUACUACAGAAACCACGUCACCAUCCCGGAGACGGACGUGGCCCUUGGUAAGCAGCUGGCAAAGGACAUCUGCAUUGAACUGCAGAGCUUCCUGCAAAACAAGUGCCCAGAACUGCCCUUCGGCAGCAUGUUCCUCAGUGGUUCCCUCUGCGAUGACCUCCAGGUUGUUGCUGCCGACCACGUCUGCUUCAUGCUGCCCUUGGUACUUGAAAACACGCUCUGGAGCCUCAUCCCAGGAGAGGACACCAUCGUAAAAGACCCCCAGUUCUGGAUGAUCAGGCGGACUGACAUGGAGUACUUUCCUCGCGGGAGCAGCCCUUGGGACAAGUUCAUAGUGGGCGGGUACCUCUCCUCCAAUGUGAUCAAUGAGGCGCUCCAUAAAAUGCUGGUGGCCUCCGUCAACUGGCCUGCCAUAGGCAGCAUGUUGGAGUGCCUCAUCAGACCCGUGAUGGCUUCUGAGGAGCUGAAGUUGGAGGUUACGCAUUACGAGACCCAGCUGAACAUAACCCUCUGCCCAGUGACAGAAGCUGGGGGUAAGGUUCUUCUUGCCAAGCCUCCAAAAGGACUAGUGGAAAACCUCUGGCGACAAAGCUUUUAUAGGUCCGAGGUCUCCAAGCUUAAAGAUCUGGAUGCUGCAGACUCUGGAGCCAGGCGGUGCUGCCUCAAAAUUCUAAAAGGCAUCUGUAAAAAUCAUCCCUUCUUGAGCAAACUGACUGGCAGCCACCUGACUCAUGUCCUCCUCCACCUGAGUGAAACUGAAUCAGACUGGGCAGAGGAAGCCCUGCCUGCGAGGUUCCAGCACGUGCUUGAAGCAUUGGUUGGCUACCUGGAGACAGGCUUCCUCCCCUGCUAUUUCAACAGUCAAAUUAAUCUCUUCUGCGAGCUGCUGGAAGAGGAGAUAGACGAGAUGGGGUACGCGCUCUACAGUGCUGUGUCUCAGCCAGACCUCUUGUUGCAGGCACAUGUGGAUAAAUGAAUUGCUAGCCUGGGAGUUCCUGAUUGUAGGGUUUUUUGCGCUUCUCUGCAUCCACUUCUCCAAGCUGAGUGGAUUGCAAAGCUUCUCACUUCCUAGUUGCUACCAGGUGAAAUCCUUGCACUUAGUGAACACAGUAGUCACUUUUUUGACCCAAGGUGCCUGAGUAAAAGGAUGGGAAAUGGGAUCUGGAGCCUGUCACCACCAGGUCUCGCCACUUCCAAUCCAGCCCAUGGCUGCAGUCAGGAGAAGUCAGGUACCAUCUAUUGAGUGGUGAGGCCUGGGUGAAGUAAGUUUGGUCUCCGUCCUGUCCCUACCGAACUGCCAUCAUGGUUGUCACGGUAGCAUGAGGUGGCCCAGGACUGAAUGGGCCCUGGAACCUGAACUUCCCCUGGUUCCUGGAGAUAGUCCCCUCCAGACCAAGACCCUCACUGGUGAGUGUGGGGAACGUUACACUGCCACUGCUUGUACUGUACCUUGGCUGUGUCUAAACUGGACUUGUCUUCAGGGCUCUCAGUCCAGCCCCUUUCACGAGCACAAAAUUCACUCUGAAAGUGCCAGCUCUAAACUUAUGAGGGUGGUGCUGGAACCUGCUAUGUAUUUGCAAACCCAGGAUGUUGGCAGCAUGAAGGGACAGGGCUGAGGGGCGGAUCAGUUGAAACUGAUUAAGCACCACAAGAAAUUGCCAUAGCCAAUCCAGUAACGCUUUCAGUGUUACUAAUGUAGCUCCCAACAGGACAAGCUAAAUCUAACCGGUGUUGCUCGUUCUGUUCGUGUGAGCUCUAAUACUAGGGGUUCAGUAUCCUGAUUGAGUCUUUUUUAUGUUUUAACUCUCCCUCCUUAUGCACUUCAGCAGGGGCUCCACGCGGGAUUAAGGGUGGUGGUGAUGGAGGGGGAGAGAUGGGUCCUACAGGGGGGUUUCCACAAAGCCUUUCAGUGUAGAUAGAGCUAAGUGAUCCUGAAUCUUGCUACAGCUGUGGACACACACAAGACCGUGGCAUGGCCGCCAGGCAGGACAGUGCUGUACCCAAGUCCCCCUCUGCUUUAAAAAUGGAUCAUGUUGACAGUCCCCACUCCAGCGUUUCAGAUGAAAGUGUUUUUAUGCAUGUGUUGCUGCUCUCUAGAGAUCCUGCCCCUUCUUGAUCACCAGUGAGACUCUGCUUACCCCCGGAAAGGGGCAGGAGGGGACACUGCUUUAAUCAGGCUCCCUGUUAGCAAGAGCUGAAGUGAUUGUAUGUUUGUCUUCCUGUUAAGAAUGAGUUGGUUUUAUAGUGCUGCUGAGAGAUUUACUUUGGUACCAGCUCUAGUGCAGAUACUAGAAUACGUUUUCUGACUGUUCUCAUGAAUUAAGAACCAUGCCUGUUUUGCACACUAUGGGUAGAAAAUAAACCUGCAGCCUUUUACUGUAUCGACUGGUGUUUAGUUUUCUCCACAGAGAUGGGCUUUUGUGUUUGUGAGGGGAGAAUAAUCUAUUUCUCUGCGCACCGUGAUUCCCUCUAAUCUGAAGAGGACUUGAUCUGUAGGCACUAAACCACGUUCCAAAUGUUAGUGACAAGAAUAAAACCUCCCUGCAGAAUGGGUCUCUUGUGUUGGAUUUGCUCUGCCUAUCCGGGGACUUACUGCCCUUGCUACCAGCUGAUGACUCCCUGCUGCUUUAAAGCUAGUACAACUCUAUCACUUCCCCCAGCCCCUACACAAAUUUCACACUGAGGGGAGAUUUCACUCAGGAAAUAGCAGUUCACGAGUUGAGGGGCUCAGGCCUUUAAUUCUAUUGCACCAUCACCUACAGCGUAAAAGGCAUUUCUUGCUGCCUUCGUUUUCUGGGAGAACAAGAUUCCUGUAUGUGCUACUAGAGUUUCAAAACCGUCUGAGCUCACUCUUGCAUUCCAUUUAGCUGAAUGUGUGUAUAUUGCUCCGGCACUUGAAGUACUCAGCACUACCUUUAAACCACACUGUGUGGGGUACAGUGAAACUGCUAUGAGAUCACGCUGGUAAUGUUUUAGCUGUGUGGCAGUAAGCAGCAGAGGCUUGUUUCUGUGGGUUGAAUAGGCUGCAGCCAGCUUACUGCUACUGUAGUUAUAAUAGUGCUGACUAAAGUUCUGCUACAGUA